AGGGGGGCGACCAGGAGCUCCGUCAACCGCCGCCGCCGCCGCCGCCGCCGCUGCUGUUAACCCCAGACAGCAUCAACAUUGCCCGGUGGAGUGAGGGCAGAUUCAAAGGUCCGGACCGGGGCAAGCGUCGACAUGGAGCUGGAGAAUAUCGUGGCCAACACGGUGCUGCUGAAGGCACGGGAAGGAGGCGGUGGGAACAGAAAAGGAAAAAGCAAGAAAUGGAAGCAGCUGCUGCAGUUUCCCCACAUAAGUUUGUGCGAAGAGCUGCGACAAACCACAGAAAAGGACUACAGCAGCCUGUGCGAGCGGCAGCCUAUCGGACGGCUGCUGUUCAGACAGUUCUGUGAGACCCGACCCGAACUGAGGCGCUGCGUCAAGUUCCUGGACGCUGUGGCGGAGUACGAGGUGACCCCGGACGAGAAGAGGAAGGCGUGCGGUCAGGAAGUCAUCGACAAAUACUUCAACCCAAAGGCAGAGGACCAUAUGCCUGAGGUGGAGGAGGCCAUGGUGGCCCUGUGCGCCGAGAGGCUGCAGCAGGUGGCCUGUAAAGAGCUCUUCAAGGACUGUACCAAAUUGAUCCACGACUACCUGAGCGUGGAGCCCUUCUCCGACUACCUCGACAGCAUGUACUACAACAGGUUCCUCCAGUGGAAAUGGAUGGAGAGGCAACCGGUGACCAAAAACACAUUCCGACAGUACAGAGUUUUAGGGAAAGGAGGCUUCGGAGAGGUGUGUGCGUGUCAGGUCCGGGCCACAGGAAAGAUGUACGCCUGUAAGAAACUGGAGAAGAAGAGGAUAAAGAAGCGGAAAGGAGAGUCCAUGGCACUCAAUGAGAAGCAGAUCCUGGAGAAGGUCAACAGCAGAUUUGUAGUGAGUUUGGCGUACGCCUACGAGACGAAGGACGCCCUGUGCCUCGUGUUGACCCUCAUGAACGGGGGAGACCUGAAGUUCCACAUCUAUCACAUGGGCGAGGCGGGUUUCGACGAGAAGAGGGCCAUCUUCUACUCCGCCGAGAUCUCCUGCGGGCUGGAGGACCUGCACCGCGAGCGCAUCGUCUACAGAGACCUCAAACCAGAGAACCUCCUGCUGGACGACCACGGACACAUCAGGAUAUCAGACCUGGGUUUAGCGGUUCAUGUACCAGAGGGGCAGACCAUCAAGGGGCGGGUGGGAACGGUGGGAUACAUGGCUCCGGAGGUGGUGAAAAACGAGCGCUACACCCUGAGCCCCGACUGGUGGGCGUUGGGCUGCCUGCUGUACGAGAUGAUCGAGGGCCAGUCUCCCUUCCAGCAGAGGAAGAAGAAGAUCAAGAGGGAGGAAGUGGAGCGGCUGGUGAAGGAGGUGGAGGAGGAAUAUUCCAGCAAGUUCUCCGAGGACGCCAAGUCUCUCUGUAAAAUGCUUCUUGUCAAAGAUCCGUCGGAGAGGAUGGGCUGCCAGGGAGGUGGAGCCUCUGAGGUCAAAGCCCACACCAUCUUCCGCUCCAUCAACUUCAAACGCCUGGAGGCCGGCAUGCUGCAGGCGCCCUUCGUUCCUGAUCCGCAGGCCAUCUACUGUAAAGACGUGCUGGACAUCGAGCAGUUCUCCACGGUGAAGGGAGUGGAGCUGGAGCCCAAAGACGAGUCCUUCUACAGCAAAGUGUCCACGGGCAGCGUCUCCAUUCCCUGGCAGGACGAGAUGAUCGAGACGGAGUGUUUCACAGAGCUGAAUGUUUUCCACGCGGACGGGACCGUCCCUCCGGACCUGGACUGUAGGGGGCCGCCGUCUCCGCCGCCCAAACAGGGACUGUUGCAGCGGCUGUUUGGCCGACAGGACUGCUGUGGUAACUGCAGUGACAGUGACGAGGAGCCCACAAGGCUGUGACACACACACACUCACACACACACACUCACAACCACACACACAUCCACAUACACACACACACACACACUCAGACACACACAAUCUCAUUUGUUUACAACUUUUGCACAUUUGUAUUUUUAACAUAGUACUAUCUCUAAAUGUCAGAAUGUAUAUUUUCAGCAUUGCCAUAAUGUUUAAUGUUAUUUAAAAAGUUGUGAAAUAUCGGCUGUCGACGCGUUCCAAACGAGGAGACGGGAACUUUGUAAGAAAAACCACACAAAAAACAAAAAAAACAUUGUCCAGGGAAGGCUUUGCGUUCUCAUUCAUCAACUUAAACACACGUCCAUGUAACUGAUCUGGGAGCUGCUGCUGAGCAGCUCCACUGGAACAAUUGCCUGCUGUAAAAGUGCCUUGCUAAAGGGCACUGUGACAGUGGUUACUAAGAGAGUCUGAGCAUUCCUCGAUCUCUUUACUUUUCCCCCCACACUUUGUCCAGGGAAUCAAACCCGUGACUUUCAGCUCGUAAACUGUGACCACUUUAGUUCUUCCGCCCUCCUCUCUGCUCUCCUCACCUCUUAUAUUCCUUCAUUUAAUUCUUUUAAAAGUGGGCUUUUUUUAAAACCGUGACGAUAGAGCCAUGAAGUUGUCUACUUCUGCAGAUAUUUUUAUAUCAAUAGUAUUUUUUGUUUUUCAAUUAUGAAUUUCUUGAGGAAAAUUGACGAAACUCGUGCUCUGAUUACACAACUUGCUUUUCCAACAUGCUUGUGCCUUUGUGUCCUUUUGAGUUUUUUUCGUCACGAUAAACUUUCCCUUUUUUUUUAAAUCCACAAUGAACAACUCACACAAUAUGUUAGCGCUGCCGAGCUUGAACUGAAAUAAAACUCGGCACAAACUAUGGGGACAUUUAAUUUGACGCCCGUAUUUGACUAACAAUCCAAAAGUAACUGCUUCAUUAAAACCCACGGAAACGUCAAUUAAUAGUUUCCUUAUGGUGCUGCGUUCACACCAAAAGCGUUGCGAAUUUUUUUGCGUGAGUAGAUCCCAUGCAAAGUCAACGUACAGACGUGAAUGGUUGCAAUCGAUGCACAUUUUCAUACGCCUCAAGUUCGCGAAAAAUUCGCCCGAUGCCGAGUUGCGAAAUAUAUAUAUAUGAUAUUAAUGUUAUGAACCCUAACAUGAGGGCGUUAGAUGUUACGAUGUUUGUGGAAUGUCCUCAACAAGUAUAAAGCAGAACUAGUGGUUAGUUCCUCCGUGGAGGAUGGCGGAAAUUAUGUUUUUACGGAGAUGAGCCAUGGCGAUAAGCCCCGCCCCCUCUAAGGCUUGAGUGAAGCGAAUCACGAGAAAUAAAAGAAAAGCGAGUAAUCUCACCGAGUAAAGCUUUAGGUGUGAACGCAGCAUGACUGUCUGUACAUUUACCUUUUCCAAAAAAUGUUAACUCAGGGUUUCUAUAGAAUUCAUUCCGUUUUCAUAAUUUCAUCAUCUGCUCAUCCUCUCUUUUUUUCUCUGCUUCGUGAGCGGAAGUCGGUCGGAUGAUUUCCAGACUGCGAGUUUACGUACGCUCGCCGGUAGACCGCUUCAUGCCGUGUUCGUAACAACGGCAGAGAGAAGAAGAAGAAAGAAAAAAAAGCGUUUGAUCCGCCCGUCUCUGGUCGUAGACGGCGAGGCCGCGAGGGAAAUGGCCGCUGGUUUUAAGCUAUUAAAAAUGAAAUACCUCUGAAUGUACAAACGUCUGCGAUGUUAUUUCUGAUAUGUGAGAAGACGGACGACGGAAAAAAGACACCACGGGUAUAUUUUUCCUUCUUUUUGUUGCCGUCGUAUACGAUACACAGCUGGGAGUUCGUGAACGUCAACAAUCUCUCUGCUGCAUUUACCAGCGAGGUCGAGUUAUGCAUCAUAAAUGACGGCAAACAACAUUUUAAAGGGUCAGUUCAACCGCUCCUCGCUUGCCUCUCAUCCCGCCGUGCAGAUUGUUUUUCAUUCCCUCAGGUUUUGAAUUAUCGGCGGGUGUGCCGAUUGUCUGUCUCGUUGUCCUGGAGCAUGCUUUCUUUCUUUUUUUUAUCAACCAAAAUGACCAAAUGAAACCAAAACUGAGUGAAAUGAGAAAAGUACGUUUUAUUUGUAUUGUAAAUGAGCUUGUCCUUUUAAUAAAGCCUGGCUGCAGCUGA